AUGUCACAUUUGAACGCAAUAGCAUUGAGAGUAACCCAAAUCAAGCACUUAUCACAGUUCCAUGCUCAGGUCAUCCACCAUUCACUUCAACACCAUAGCUAUUGGGUGUCACUCCUUAUCAGUCACUGCACGCGCCUCCGUGCACCGCCGUUCUAUACCCGCCUCAUUUUCAACUCCGCCCAACAACCCAAUGUUUAUGCAUUCACCAACAUGCUCAAGUUCUACUCCCACGUCGGAGCCCAUGAUGAUGUCAUCGCCCUCUUUGAUUGUAUGCGGGUCUCUGGUGUUAUACCCGACGCCUUUGUCUUUCCUGUCUUGAUUAAAUCGUGGGGUAAGGCUGCGAUUGUCUUUCAUGGUCAUGUUUUGAAGAUGGGACAUCAAGGUGAUCGUUAUGUACGUAAUGCUGUCAUGGAUGUGUAUGCGAAGCAUGGGCCUAUUUGUUUUGCACGUAAGCUGUUUGAUGAAAUGUCUGAAAGGAUGGUUGCAGAUUGGAAUUCUAUGAUUUCUGGUUAUUGGAGAUGGGGGAAUAAGGUUGAAGCUGAUAAGUUGUUUACUUUGAUGCCUGAGAGAAAUGUGGUCACUUGGACUGCAAUGGUUUCUGGAUAUUCAAAGACUCGAGAUUUGGUUACUGCAAAGAGGUAUUUUGAUCAAAUGCCAGAGAAAAAUGUUGUUUCUUGGAAUGCAAUGUUAUCUGGAUAUGCCCAGAAUGGGUUUGCAGAAGAGGCUAUAGAGCUGUUCAAUGAGAUGGUUAAUAGGAGAGUUCAACCUGAUGAAACAACAUGGGUUGCUGUCAUUUCCUCAUGCUCAGACCGUGCUGAUCCAAAUCUUGCAAAUUCACUUGUGAAGAUGCUCAAUCAGAAGAAUGUUAGAUUAAACUCCUUUGUUAAGAUUGCGUUACUUGACAUGCAUGCAAAGUGUGGGAAUCUUGCAGCUGCGAAGAAGGUUUUCGAAGAGUUGGGUGCAUUCAGAAAUGCUGUCGCAUGGAAUGCAAUGAUUUCUGCAUACACACGGGUUGGUGAUUUGAGUUCUGCCAGAGAACUCUUUGAUAGGAUGCCCAGAAAGAAUGUAGUCUCAUGGAAUUCAAUGAUUGCUGGUUAUGCACAGAAUGGGCAAUCGACAAUGGCAAUUGAGGCCUUCAAAGAGAUGAUCAGGUCCAAAGACAUGAAACCAGAUGAAGUUACUAUGAUCAGUGUGAUAUCUGCAUGUGGCCAUCUAGGGGUUUUGGAGUUAGGAAACUGGGCUUUAAACUUUGUAAAUGAAAAUCAAAUCAGUUUGAGCAUUUCAGGUUACAAUUCAGUCAUUUUUAUGUACUCCAAGUGUGGAAGCAUGAAAGAUGCUAAAAGGGUUUUUGAGGAAAUGGAGACAAGAGAUGUUAUUUCCUUCAACACUUUGAUCACAGGUUUUGCAGCUCAUGGUGACGGCUUUUCAGCCAUUGAUUUAAUGCGGAAGAUGAAAGGAGAUGGUUUUCAACCUGAUCGAAUAACAUAUAUUGGUGUUCUAACAGCCUGCAGUCAUGCAGGAAUGUUAGAAGAAGGUCAAAGAGUCUUUGAAUCUAUCAGUAACCCAGAUGUGGAUCACUAUGCAUGCAUGAUUGACUUGUUAGGUCGAGUAGGUAAGUUGGAUGAAGCAAAAAGAUUAAUCAAAAAAAUGCCAAUGGUUCCCCAUGCUGGAGUCUAUGGUUCGCUCUUAAAUGCUAGUCGAAUUCGAAAAAGGAUUGAUCUCGGGGAGUUUGCUGCAAGGGAACUUUUCAAAAUUGAACCAGAAAAUUCAGGUAACUAUGUUUUGCUUUCAAAUAUGUAUGCUUCAAUGGGGAGGUGGGGUGAUGUUGAGAGGAUCAGAGGAGAAAUGAGAUUAGGAGGUGUAAAGAAAACCACCGGAUGGAGUUGGGUGGAAUUUGGUGGGAAAUUACAUAAGUUUAUAGUAGGUGAUAAAUCACAUGAAAGAUCAAACGAUAUAUACAAAUUAUUGAAGGAACUAAGAGAGAAAAUGAGGAAAGCUGGAUACACAGCUGAUAAGGAUAGUGUGCUAAGAGACGUUGAAGAAGAAGAGAAGGAAGAGAUGGUGGGAACUCAUAGUGAGAAACUAGCAGUUUGUUUUGGUCUUCUUGUUAGUGAAGCUGGGACCAGUAUUCGAAUAAUGAAGAACUUAAGGGUAUGCUGGGAUUGCCACGAGGCUAUGAAGAUGAUCUCAAAGUUGGAGGGCAGAGAAAUCAUCGUGAGGGAUAACAACAGAUUCCAUUGUUUUAAUAAUGGUUCUUGUUCGUGCAUGGAUCACUGGUAAUCUUAUUGUCAAACCAAUAGAAAGAUCCAAUAACAUAUAAAUGGUGCCAACAGAUUUGGGCUUCUUUAAAGAAAAAAUGGAGUUAAUACAUCAACUUUGACUUCUAUACCAGUGAUCUCGAUCAUGAAGAUUAUGAUGUUCAAUUGUGACCAUUGAUGCGGUGGUGGCUGAUCAUGAGCAAAGAAAGCUGAUGCAUUGAAUCAUACAAGGGACCUAGUGGGGAUAGGGAUACAAACUAGGAUUACGAAAGUGAAUGUCCAUCACGCCAAUGCUAUCAUGCAGUUGAUACAUUCCUAGCUGUGAAGCUGAAGAUGGCAAUCUACGCUCAAAGGUAAGCAGCCAGCACCAUGUUACCAUGUAGGAUCUAUUGACAUUUUCAUAGACUUCUUAGACUCGAGUUCAAUUUACCAAAGGAUUUUGCAAUUGACAAGUUGCCCUAGACAAUUUUCUCUCUACAAUGGCAUAUAGAUGCAUGCAUACAUAUAGAGAGAGGGACGUUAAGGAGAGAAUUCAGAAAAGGAGACUCAACCGUUGGAUCUAAAAAUAGAUGGCACACAUAUAAAUGUAUCCGCCCCUGUAAUCGUGGAUUUAAUUUUAAGACAAUGUAACCUCUCCUA